AUGGCAAAAGUCUCCGUCCACGCUCUGAACGCUGGCAGUCUCACGAUUCCCGAGAAGUUCUUUGUCGACCCAGCCGAUCCAGGCAUCAAGUUCACAGUUCCCUCGCUCAGCUUCCUCAUCCAGCACGUCACGCCAGAAAAGACAACACGCAUCGUCUUCGAUCUUGGCAUCCGGCGGGACUUGAGCCUCUACCCAGACGUGCUACAGAAGCACAUCGACAGCCGGCAGCCAAUCACUGGCGAGCCCGACGUUGUAGCAUCGCUCAAGGAAGGCGGCUUGAGUCCGGACGACAUCGACUACGUAAUUCUGAGCCAUGUGCAUUACGACCAUGUUGGCUACCCAGCAGACUUCAGCAAUCUCAAGACAAAAUUCGUCGUCGGUCCCGGAGCGCUUGACCUACUCUCCGGCAAGACCACCCUCAACAUAGGCUCCCACAGCCACUUCGAACCCGACCUCCUCCCCACAGACCAAAACCGCGUCAUCGCCCUCCCAGAACCAACAUCCAGCGCCGCCGAGACAUCAGACUACCAAUGGCAGCCCCUCCCACCCUUCGCAGCCGCCAUCCCCUUCCCAUCCGCCUCCUCCCGAGAAUGCUUCAUCAUCAACGCCCCCGGCCAUCUGCCGGGACACAUCAACCUUCUCUGCCGGGUCGACGCCUCCUCCUCCGACGACGACGACGCCGCCAACAGCAACGACCCACCACGAUGGAUCUACCUAGGUGGCGAUGCAUGCCACGACAUCCGCCUCUUCACGGGCGAGCGCGAGAUCGCGACAUGGACGGACACUGAGGGCAGAGCAUGCUGCAUUCAUGCGGAUCGGAAGGCGACGAUGGAGACAUUGCGAAAGAUGAGGGUGGCGAAUGAGGAGGGGUUUGCGCUUCCACCGCCGGCAAAUGAUGGGCAACAAGAGGGCGGGAAGGAGGCGACGACGGAGGGGAAAGGGACUGUGGAGGUGGUGUUUGCACAUAAUUGGGCUUGGGAGAAGGAUGCGAAGGAUCGGGGGAGGUUUUGGCCGGGAAGUUUGUAG